UUGAACUUGAAAAAAUAAAUUACACACACGCAGUCCACGCCGUCUUGUUGUUGGGGAAAUGUGAAAACCGACCGCGUAUAUAAAACUUGAUUGAUUGAUUAAUAAUCCUGAAUUGCUCUACUGUACGAGUGAAAUGUUUAAACAUACCCAACCAUUCUUAUGAAAAAAUGGAGGGGAAAAAUUAUUAUUAUUAAAAAAUGGAUGAUGUUAUACUUCGUCACAGACAAAAAAUACUGUUUGAAGGAAUAACUCUACUCGCUAUUCUGAUCUGCCAAAUCAACAUGUCGCAACCACCACCACCACCACCACAGAACGGAAGGACCAAAUUCGAAGGAUUGUUUGUUCAAUAAGCAGGAUUGUUGAUGAAGCAUGCGGAAGGCGCGACGAUGUUUUCAGAGAGCAGUGGUAGUUUUGUCCAUACUGCUGAUGCAGCUCCUUGUCACCCUCUUCGUUAUGACUGUAAAUCCGUCGCCGUUGAUAUGCCGUAAAGAACCUUACAGCGUACUUCCCCCGGACGAGCAUUUGAUUACCAGGGAGACCAGGGGUGUUCAUAUACCCUACACAAACUGCUAUGAUGUCCUGGACAACUCUUCGCAUGUUUCCAGAGAGAGCCUUGUCAUUACAUGUGACAACAACACAUCAUACUCCAGACAGACAGAAUUUGUUUCUGACUCACAACCCUUCUCGGUCCCAUUCAAGGAUCCCUGUCUCGGACUGUUCAUUCAGCAGCAUUGUUACGGACGCUACAGGGUGCCCAACGUCGUGCACUAUGUGUGGUUUUCCAGGAACGUCAUGGACGUGUUCGGCUUCCUGAGUAUCCUCAGUGUCCAGAGGUUCCUAAAGCCGUGCGUCAUACUGGUCCACGCGGAUGUUCUGCCGCACGGGCCGUACUGGAAGCACGUGCUUCGGCUCGUUCCUAACAUCGUGCACGUGCAUCGCCAGGCACCUGAGACUAUAUAUGGCAAACGUUUUGGUUACGUGCAACACAAAUCGGACAUAGCCAGGAUAGAACUUUUAACGGAAUAUGGCGGAGUCUACCUUGAUAACGACCAGCUGGUUUUGAAGUCGCUCGACAGUUUCCGUAAUUACUCGUUCGUGAUGGGACACGAGAAUUCGAAUAACCUCGGCAAUUCUCUGCUCAUUUCUGAGAAAGGAGCAAAAUUCCUGGACAUCUGGUACAAAACCUACCGUUCCUACAACCCCAAACAAUGGGGGAUUCACUCGACGUUUGUUCCGUUCACGCUUGCUAAAAUAUACCCUACACUAAUUCACAUUGAAAACGAAAGUUUCAUAAAACCCGACUUGGGUGGUAUUAAUCAGUUGUACGGUGGUCACUACAACUGGUCAAACAAUUACGCCGUUCAUUUGUAUACCAGAUGGGUGAAGAAGUUCUAUACAAUCCAAGACUUGAAGUAUCUUAAUUCGAGCCUGGGCGAAAUAUCCCGAUUAAUUAUGUUUGGUUUCGCGACCUUGUGCAGUGAUAGCAACUGACAGUUAAUGAGUGAAUAAGUUAACAAAAAGUGGCAGUUUCUGAACGGUGAAUAAAAUAAUGUUAAAGGGACAUUCCUGAGUUUGCUGAAAUUUUUAAGAUGUUAUCGACUAACAGAGACUUUUUGACGACUGUAAUUACAUAUCAAAUGUAUUUAU